UCAGGCCAAGCAGGCAAGCAAAACGGGGAAGAAAAAGAAAAUCUCUUUCCAGCCAGCGCAGAGAGUUCGUUCGUCAUCCGCCUUGCUCGGUGGCACCCGUCAGGAUUUCUAGUGAUAUCAUCAUCAUCAUUCGCUUUCGUCGUCGUCGUCGUUUCGGGGUGAGGUCUGCUGUGUCCUGCAAAGUGUGCGGCAUCCGGUCCGCGAAAGUGUCCUCACGCCGCGAGCGCUUGUGUUGUCGGUAAUUGUGUUCCGGGCGGCGGUGAAAUUCGACUCCCGUGCGGCGGUGAAAGUGCGUCCCCGUCGAGGGAAGAAAAAAAAAAGUGGUUCCUCCCGGAUUAAUGGCGUGAACAAAGUAAACAUUUUAUUUUUUUUGCUGGGUUGGCCUCGCACACACACACGGAUUACGGAUCUUGCGGGAUCGUCGACGGCACGGAGUACGACAGAGAGAGAGUGGGUCUACCCGGUCUACCAGGUACAGGUGACACACAACAGGCAGGUCCCCGAAUAAGUGUGAAAAAAAAGUGAAGAUUCGAAAAUGUAAGCAAAAGAGCCAAGUAUUCCCCGGUGUGAUUCUCCUGGAAGAAACGACGAAAGCGCAGCCCAGCAGGAAAAGAGUCAAAAUUAAGUGAAGGCUCAACCCGACUCGGCACACGACAAACACAAGAAGCCCCCCGUAACAGAAAAAAAAGAAUUAAUUCACUCUCCGCGGGUGCUCCUCCUCGCAGGGCAGUUCCAGCAAAAGUGUGACACACAAAGAAGAAAACGAGAAUUCCUCCGUGUUGUGUGGAGCGGUGGUGGCGGCCUGAAGAAACAACACAGAAAGAAAGAAACAGUGAAGUGAAGAGAAGGAAAACGCAUCGUAGCCCCGACGAUCACCUGGAGAAAGAGUACGGAGUGACUCGGAGACACAGCAGAAAAGACGGUGACUGCAGACUAAAAAAGAUGGAGAAAACUGGAGUGAGCGCCAUCGUCGAGUACGACUACGCCGCGAAGGAAGCAGACGAGCUGACGCUGAAGAAAGGUGCCAUCAUAACCAACAUCAAGAUCCAGCCGGGCGGCUGGUGGGAGGGCACACUGACGGCAACCGGCCGGACCGGUAUGUUUCCGGACAACUUUGUCCGCGUGCUCGAGCCCGACGACAAGAACCCGGUCGUGCUGAGGGACAAAACUGCCACCCAGAACCGACGAUGUAAAGUCAUUUACAGCUACCGGGAGAACAAACCGGACGAACUGUCGCUGGCGGUCGGUGAUGUAAUCGAGAUUUUCGAGGAGGUCGAGGAGGGCUGGUGGCGCGGCAAACUGAACGGCAAAGUGGGCGUCUUUCCGUCCAACUUUGUCGAACCGAUCGAGUCCGUUUCACCCACCUCCGCGAACCGACGGAGCAGCACCGGCGCCGCCGGCAAACCACACCUCGGCGUCAUCGUCGAUGGCUCCACCACUGGCAGCCUAACGAAAACCAACAGUCUCAACAAGAGCCGAACCAGCCUGAGCAGCUCGCGGGAAGAUUUGGACGCACCUCCGCACGAUGCGCCCUCGUUGCCACCGAAGCCGGUGCGGGAGCUGUGCCGGGUGUUGUUUGCGUACGCGCCGGCGAAUGACGACGAGUUGAAGCUGGGGGAGGGCGAUAUUAUUACCAUUUUGAGCAAGGACCUGCCGGAUAAGGGGUGGUGGAAGGGCGAGCUGCGGGGAAAGGUUGGGGUGUUUCCGGACAACUUUGUCGUGCUGCUACCGCCGGAAGUGUCUCCCGUGAAGGAGCCAUCGUUCCACCCGAAGCCGGACCGUCCGCCGCCGGCGAGCAAGAUUCUGGUUGGGGGGAAGCCUAGCAGCAACAGCCGGAAGGAGAGCUUCGGGUCGAAGGAUUCGCUGAACGAAACAGGUCCGGCGACGGGAUCGCCCACGUUUGGCAACGUGGCCGCCCAUCGGAAGUCGCUGGAGAGUCGGAGUGUCGUUUCGACGGAGUCGUCGCCUGCGGCGACAGUUACCGAGAAGCCCCCGCGGAAGAGUUUAGACAGCAAGACAUCGGAUAUACGAAAGAGUUUGGAGAGUUUGGACGAGAAGAAGUCGACGCCGCCGCCGGUGCUGGGCAAGAAGCCGCAAGUGCCAAUCAAGAAGAGUCCGUCUAUUACGAGCGUGACUGGAAAUCUUUUCUCCGGGUUGAAGCAGAAGGUCAAGGGGGAGAGCAAGACAACGGCGGGACCGGUUAGUCAGGACAGCAUGGAUGGUGUUGGUGGGAGCAAGGUCAAGUCGGAGGUUGCGGACAACAACGAGAAGAACGUCGAGAGGCUUUCGGGCAGGACGGAGGAGUCCGAGUUUGGUCACGUCGAGCGGGGUUCGGUGUUGAAGGACAUGCGCGCGAAUCGGGCCAAGGCUCCGAAGAGAAGACCGCCGACUUCGGCGGGAAGUUUGAGCAUUGAGUCGGCGUCGCUGGCGGGAAGUAACGGCAUGAGCAAUGGAAAUUCGGGGUUGUUCCACCAGCUGUCGCAAAACUCGGAGCCAGAAUCGCCCAAGCCGGACCUGCUGAACGUUAGUCAUCACAGCGGGAACGCCACCAAUAACAACAACGAGGACGAGUUCAUCGCCAAGCCGAAGGCCCGCGAGUGGGAGAAGCACAAAGUGCCCUGGAUGGACGAGCUGAAGGCCAGCCAGGCCAAGAAGACGACCACCUCGCCGAACGUCAACGAGUCAAAGUCGCCGGAGCACAGUUCGGUGUCGUCAAGCACCAGCACAAAUCACAACCACGAAGAAAGCAAGUUCGAGAGCAUUUCCAAGUCGUUCCACUCGGGGUCGGUUUCGUCCUCGUCGACGACGACGGCCUCCUCGUCGGUGUCCGCGUCCGGACGAACCCGCCUCUCGGAACGAGCCGCAACUGCCGACGUCACGUCCAGCACCACCAACAAUCACCACAUCAACAGUUCCUUCGACUUGAUUGCGUCCAGUAGGAAGGAAACUAGCACAACCAGCAGCACGAGCAGCAGCCAUCAGCAACAAUCCCUAGCCGCCGUCACCAACGACAGCAUGACCAAGUCGAUGUCUGCCCUUUCAACCAAGAUUGCCAUCUCGUCGGACGCCGCCGCAACGACCAACGAAAGUCCUGCCCCCGCGACCGCCCCUCCCGUGGCCAACGCCCGCCCCAUCAGUGUCAACCUGCGGAACCGCAGCAUAUCGCCAACGCCCAUCACGCGCAACACCAAGACAAUCCACAUCGCCGGCACAUCGGAAGCCAACGGAACGACCACCAGCGGUUCGACGACGACCACCGCGAUCGGAGCGGCGGUCACGUCCGACAACGUGUGCUCCCGCGUGCAGGACCUGGAGGCGAAGGUGAACCGCAUGGAGCGGGCGCUCAACGCCCAGAACGGCUUGAUUGAGGAGCUGAAGCGGGCGCUCCGCGACGAGUCGGACAAGGUGCGGACGCUGCAGAAGGAGCUGGAAAAGUACGCCCAGUGCGUCACGCAGGUAUGAUAAAAGCGUUUUGUAUUUCUUCCUUUCAAGCCGUAGACGACGCGCGUUGAACGCGUAAACAUUCCCCGAACUCGUCGCCGUUCACCAACUUUUGCAUUUCCGUAGACGCAAACAAAAAAAAAGACAAAAAACUUACCGAAUUCCAAUUCUAGAGAGGCGAAACCGCAAGUAGUAUUAUUAAGUGAAGCCGAGCGACAAAAAAAAAGUACUUCGUUGUAGAGUAUUUUAGUCGCUGCUGUAAAAAGGUAACGCGGAAACGUUUAAAAUUACGCCGCAAGCAUGUGUAUAAAUAACGCGAAAUCGAUGAUAGUUUAAAGCAUUGUGAAAAGUCAAAAACUAGGCAAACUAUGAAACAGCAAAAUAAAGUCGUCCUUUCUUUGAGAACAUAACAAAAUUAAGCAAACACACAACGUAAUAUUGCACAAAUAUUCUUGCGAAGAAAACAAAAACAUUCAUGCAACACAUCUACACAAAAGACACACAACUUAAGCCUAAAUUGGUAAACACCCCCUCUUAUUGAUUCGGCUGUGAAAAAGAAUUGAGAAACUGCUUUAAAAGGGUUCUGCUAUUGAUUGAUCGGUAAUAUUUGAGUUUGAACUUUUGAUCUACCAAAACGGUUUUUCUUUUUCAUCUUAUUUUCUUUAAAUUUUGAUGCUUUGCACAAAAAUAAAAUAAUUUUCUAAAAAUUUCAGCAAAUUUCCAACUUAAUUAGAUUUUUUUCUCAAAAUUUUGUUUUUUUUUACUUUAUCCAUGAUAUUUUUAAAAACCCGUUUAAAUUUAAGAAUAGUGAACUUUCUACCGAAUUUCGGUUAAAUUUUACCUAAAUCGGUAAUUUUCAGCAAGGUAUAAAAUAAGAAUGGUCACCGACAGUGAUUGAACGAACUUUGGGUGUGCUUUCAGUCAGCACUCAUCAUGGACAACAGCGAUAUUGAAAUGCUGACACAAGCGCCUGCCAUGAUCGUCAUAACGAAGCGACCUUCAGUGAGCGCACACGAAGUUGAAACGAACGAAUGCCGAGCUCAAGCAGCCACCUGACCCGAGGCCGCAUGCUGUUUCUCUCGUCUCUCGUUUUUCUCUCAUUCUCGCUCGUGCGGUGCUGCGUGGUGACUGACUGAGCAAUCAAUUGAAUGCAGUCAUGGGGAAGGUGAUCGGAAUUUUGGUAGAUUUUUUCUGGUGAGAAUCACUGCGCAAAUAACUAUGCGUUGCACUCAUUCGUUUGUGUGUGAACGGAAGAAAGCAGAAUGUCAAAUUCAGGUUGUUAACAAUGUCGAAUGGUCAGCUUACCAAUCGUUCAGUAGUUGAAAUAUCGGUGAAAUGCUACCAAUAAAGGUAAAUAAAAUUGUAUGUGAACAGUUUAAAAACAAAAGAAUCAUGAAAUAUUCAAACAAAGUUUGUUUCCGUUUAAUGAUCAUAUUAUGAAAACUUAAUGAUAAAAAAAUUAUAAAAAAGUAUAAAUUUAAAAAAUAAUAAUUUUAUUUUUUUUCUUACAAACAUUUCGUAUACCAGGCUGAACAAUUUAAUUAGGCCAAUGUGGGUGUGUAAACAAAGUGUGUAUUCUGCUCAUGUCAGUGGAAUACAAACUGUACAGGCUCAUUUACAUUACUUUGCUUGAAACAUGAACUGCGUUUUUUUUGGCUGAUUGUCAGGGAGUGACGUUGUUGUUGUUGUGCCUUCAACGCGCACGGCCAAGGUAGUGUAAAGCAAGGAGGUAUUAGACUAUGAUAAACAAUAACAAAAAAACUCGCACUUUUUGACAGUUUGCCUGCAUUUGUUUGCAGAAAUGUCAGUCUGCAUACAUUUUGCUUCGUUUGCGAGUUUGUUUGUCAUAGUCUAAUACCUCCUUAAUUAAGGUGCUAACUGGUUAGCUAGCGCAGUGUUGCCAGGAUAUUACAUCCCAUUUGGAAAUUUUAAACCGAAUUUGGUAGUAAAAAUCAUUUCUUGUGAGUUAAACUAUGUUUAAAAAUAAUAAAAUAUGCUAGACCUAUUUUGGGCAUUGUCCAUAUUUUCAGCCUAAGCUGAAGAAAUACUUUGAACUUGACCAGUCGAAGCAGAAUGAAAGUUUUGCACAAUAUUUUUUGGGCCAACUGCUCGCUGCAUACAAAUGUGAAAUUAUAAACAAUUAAAUUAUUAAAUGAUUACAAUUUUAUCAUUAUUUUUGAAAACAACAUUUUAAUUUCCUUUUAUAUUCCUGAACUUCAUUUUUCCAGGAGCUUAUUAGGACCCUCCCUAAACAUAUCUUAGUAAAAAUUAAGAAGUUUAAACAUAAAACUGUGUUUCAAAACAUGGAAUGUGGAAUGUUAUUUCAUCUACUGUACUAACAUUUUCCCUCUCUGUCUCCCUGAUUGACCUUCAAUGCACUUAAUAAAGCUUUUUUUUUUAAGAGGUCUUAUAAGCUACUGUGUUUCAUAUGGUUAUAAGACCUAUUAAAUAAAACUCUAGAUAUUUUUUUUUAUUUUGCAUUUUAUUGUUUUUUUUUUAAAUAUAAUUUUCAAACAUUUUCUUCAAUAUUUAUUCGUUUUUUAAUUGUUAGAAUUAUUUAAAAAAAUCUAUUUAUAUGAGUUACCUUGCAAUUGAACUAAAUAUUACAAUUCCGAUUCAAACGGUCUUGACAAACUUAAAGCGAAAUCCCUUUUAUCGAAACACAAACCAUUCCACAGCAAACAAUUUCAGUAUUGAUCGCGAAUUUAAAUCAAGUUCCAAAAACUAAAGUAAUUUGGGUACGUUUCGUUCCUCUCGUGCGUCCGGAAAUGAGUAUUUGUUGCAUUUAUGAGAGAUUUAUUUUUUUACUUGCAUUAAAAAAGACACUGUAAUAUACGAAGUAAAAAAUCAAACAAACAAACACACACACAUUAUUAUAUUCAUAUUAAAAAAAAACUAGAAUUGGAAUAAACGAAACUUUCCAUUCGCACACACACACUCUUGACGUCGAUAAAAAAAAAACACAUACACAAAUAAAUACAUAGAAGCGAAACUAUAAA